GCCGCUAGCUUGACGUAAAGUGAAACUCUUACUUGUCCAACAUGGCCGGCCAGGAAGAUCCAGUGCAGCGAGAAAUUCACCAAGAUUGGGCCAACCGGGAGUACAUCGAAGUAAUCACGAGCAGCAUCAAGAAAAUUACCGACUUCCUUAACUCUUUCGACAUGUCAUGUCGAUCCCGUUUGGCUACCCUCAAUGAGAAGCUGACAGCCUUGGAGAGGAGGAUUGAAUACAUUGAAGCAAGAGUGACAAAAGGAGAGACCUUGACUUAAACCUCAUCAUGCAAAAUUGAAGCAACCUGAUGAUAUCCUCCCAUUUCCCAGUGGCCCACUUAAUUUUUUGGAGUUUGCGUGAUCGAUUCCACCAUCCUUUUUGACGCUCAUUUUAAAAUUGUAUCACUAGUUUUGCUUGUUUUAUCUGAUGCCACCACUGAGUGUCUGUUAAUGGCAUUUUAAAGAAACAAAACAAUACCCAUGGAAAACUUUGCUUUUAACAUUUUGUGGACUUUAGUUCUUGUGAUAACAAAAGGUCUCGUUGGGUCACUUUUGUUUUACACCAUGUCAGUUACACAGCACAGAAUUGAUGAGUGGGGACCAUCCUCUUGUGCCAAGUUAAACAAGUCUUGUUGUGUAGUCUUUAAUAAGGACUUUGUGUACAGUGUACUCUUUGCUCAUGUGUCAACAUUUAAAUACUGUAAUAAAAUAUGAGAAAAACAUUGUUGGAAAAGAAACCAAUGUA